CGGCCGGCUCGGCCGAGCAGUCGCGCGCGCAGCGUCUUGGUUGCCGUGGCGCGCGUGCCUGUCCUCUUUUCCGCCUCGCCUGCCAAGCCAGCGCGCCCACUGCGCUUGCGGGGCCAACCGGAUGCCCUGCAUUGGCUGGCCCCGGGCCUGCGGUGUGUUGCGUGUUUUGCGUUGCAGUGUGGCCCCGUGGGCGGGUCUGUGUGGCUUUUUGGCUUGCCGCUGCCGGCCUUGUCAGCGAGCCCACCGCCGCCUGGGCCGAGUCUGUCAUGGUAAAAGGCUCCGCUGGUCGUGUUGGCCAGGCCCCCUCGUCGGGCGGCCUGGCUAUAGAUAUCAGUCGCGCGCCAGCCCGCCCGGGCCGUGCAGCCGGGGGCGCCGAGCCCAGUGUCAUCGACGCGCACGCCGCCCGGGGCGCCCAGGCAGAGCGACGGGAUUCAAUCUGCCAUGCAGAAAGCGAAGUUCCUUGAGGAACAACACAAAGAGGGAGGAAAAAGCCAAGACGAACAUUGGCGCCGGCUCUUAUGUUUCGGAAAGUAGGAAGGUGUUACAUUAUUGUCCAUGAGAGAUAGCGAGGCGUGGUGCUACUUUUUGUGUUUUGAAACUUUGUUGAGCGCGAGGUGAGUAGUGAGAGCGAGUCUGUGUGUGUGAACAAGCGCGACGAGCACGUUUUGAGUAGUGUAUGAGCGACCGCUUGGUAAUGCAAGAUGAGGGGGCAAGCAGCUUUACUUACACGAGCGUGGCGGUUAGAAUGUGUUGGAGCCGCGAACGCCGUGCCUCCGGCUCCGCGCUGCUUGGGUUGCGUCCCGGCAAGCUCGGCGGCGACGCGGUGAAGGAAGUAGCGACAAGCCCAGGCUCGGGGCCCCAAGGGACGGCGUGGGCCCUUUGGCUACGCUGCUCCUGUGGACGGCGUGUGGCUGGGUUUUUACCUCGCCGGACGCCCGGCAGAAUGGUAAAAAAAAGAAGCGCGAAGAGAGAGCG